GAGCUAACGUCGGUUGUUGGAGUGAAACUCUGAAAAUGCUCAUACUCAGAUGUAGAUAGGUAAAGUCUAUCCAUCUGAAACAGAAGGUUUCCCCCUUUAUCUCUCCAGAUAAAACCAUUAACAACAGUUUCUGUAUGAUGGUUAUUGGACCUAUGGCGCCGGCGGCAACGGCAGCCUGUCAUGGCAGCUCCUUUCAUUGUUGUAGUUUCAGUGUGUUUUUGCUAUUUUGAACUCUUUUCUUACUUUCUUAUUUUCUUACUACUUUGUUCACGUCGCCUAAAUACUUUUUUGGCGUUUUUGAGCACUUUUUUGUUUUGUUUACGCUGGUCUCCAUGGCGACGGGGAGUCGCAUUGUUUACACCCGCGACCAGAUGAUCGCCCUGAGGCACCCGAGCCUCCUGACCGGAGAGAGAGCCUCCAUACCGGAGGAGCUGAGGAGGAGACGGUGAGGCUGCAGAGCGGGGGUUAAACGGAGGAUGAAGAAGAGGAGCUUUAAACUCUUCAUCCCUGCAGUCAUCGAGCAGAUACCGGACUCCAACGUCACCAUUCCCGGCUUCCAGACGGUUCGAGCCGACAGGGACACCACCGGGACCGGCAUGAAGAAAGGAGGGGGACUGUCCGUGCUCAUCAACAACAGCUGGUGUAACAACGGGCACUCUGUGUGGAAGAGAGUCUGCAGCCCGGACAUCGUCCGUGUUAUCUCCCACACUGUCUAUAUUCCUCACAGUGGUCUUCAUCAUCACCAUCACUGUCUAUAUUCCUCACAGUGGUCUUCAUCACCAUCACUGUCUAUAUUCCUCACAGUGGUCUUCAUCAUCACCAUCACUGUCUAUAUUCCUCACAGUGGUCUUCAUCACCAUCACUGUCUAUAUUCCUCACAGUGGUCUUCAUCAUCAUCACUGUUUAUAUUCCUCACAGUGGUCUUCAUCACCAUCACUGUCUAUAUUCCUCACAGUGGUCUUCAUCAUCAUCACUGUCUAUAUUCCUCACAGUGGUCUUCAUCAUCAUCACUGUUUAUAUUCCUCACAGUGGUCUUCAUCACCAUCACUGUUUAUAUUCCUCACAGUGGUCUUCAUCACCAUCACUGUUUAUAUUCCUCACAGUGGUCUUCAUCACCAUCACUGUCUAUAUUCCUCACAGUGGUCUUCAUCACCAUCACUGUCUAUAUUCCUCACAGUGGUCUUCAUCAUCACCAUCACUGUCUAUAUUCCUCACAGUGGUCUUCAUCACCAUCACUGUUUAUAUUCCUCACAGUGGUCUUCAUCACCAUCACUGUUUAUAUUCCUCACAGUGGUCUUCAUCAUCACCAUCACUGUCUAUAUUCCUCACAGUGGUCUUCAUCAUCACCAUCACUGUCUAUAUUCCUCACAGUGGUCUUCAUCAUCACUGUCUAUAUUCCUCACAGUGGUCUUCAUCAUCACUGUCUAUAUUCCUCACAGUGGUCUUCAUCACCAUCACUGUUUAUAUUCCUCACAGUGGUCUUCAUCACCAUCACUGUUUAUAUUCCUCACAGUGGUCUUCAUCAUCACCAUCACUGUUUAUAUUCCUCACAGUGGUCUUCAUCACCAUCACUGUUUAUAUUCCUCACAGUGGUCUUCAUCACCAUCACUGUUUAUAUUCCUCACAGUGGUCUUCAUCACCAUCACUGUCUAUAUUCCUCACAGUGGUCUUCAUCACCAUCACUGUUUAUAUUCCUCACAGUGGUCUUCAUCACCAUCACUGUCUAUAUUCCUCACAGUGGUCUUCAUCACCAUCACUGUUUAUAUUUAUGAUGUCCUAUUUAUUCUCCUGUGCAGCACUUUGGUUGUUUUUAAAGUGCUUAACAAAUAAAGUUGGAUUGGAUUGGAUAUGGAAUCUGAAUCUGAAGGGCACGUUGUCAUGAGCUGUAUCUUGUAUAUUUAUUAUUAGCUAUGUGGUAUGUGUAUGCACCUUUAUGUAAUCUGGUGGAAGAACAUAUUAACAUUUAAAACCGGAUCAUACCAAACAAAUAUCUGCUUGCGUGUCCCCGUGUAUGUAAAGUGUGCUCCUUUUGGAUGUGAAGGAAAUGGCCACCCUAGUAUAACUGUGCACAGUAGGUCAUGUUUGUUUUGUUGAGCUUGUUGUUCUGUUUAUUUGUGCUCAGUCUCAGUAUGUACAUUGAAUACAACGUAAAACGUUUUAUUGUCUAAAAACAUUGCAACAUGCUAAAUCUUUUAGAAACGCUGUUGUAGUGAAAUCAGUUAUUUUAGGUCACAACAGUCCAAAAGACUGGUUCUAUCUGUGUCUUACCGAAUGGACGGAAACAGAGUCAGAACAUUUAGAAGGAACAACCAUAACAAUGUGCAUUUAUAAAGGAAAACAUCUGGAAUAUUCUUUCUUCCAGUUGUAAAUAAUAAAUAAGCCGACGUUUGUUGGUUGUGUUGUUGUACUUUAGAAGGUUGGACAAUUUAUCGUGUUUUAAAUGCAGAUUAACAUCAGAAUGAGAAACAUUCAUGUGAAGACACAAACUACAAUAUGUAGUCAGAAUGAACAUUUCAAACAAAACCAGUUCUCAGUUGUGGCCACUGGAGGGAACUCUCUGUCCUUCCAGUGUGUGUGUGUGUGCGUGUGUGUGUGUGUGUGUGUGUGUGUGUGUGUGUGUGUGUGGGGUCAUGUGAUUUCAGAGAAGUCGACCAUGAACGAGGAACUGGAGAAAGCAUGACUGAUGAUGUACAGAGCGCUCGCUGCAGCAGCAGGAGUCUGGAACAAAGAGUUUUCAUCUUUCAUUCAGACAUCCAAUCCGGGUCAGAUUAAUCAUUAAACAUGAAACCUGAUUAACGGUCACUUUGUCCACAAUCCAAUGAGACUAGACUUCAGAUAAGUAUCCCAGCAUGCAUUUCACUUUAACCAGUCACUAAAUGACUUCCUGAGAUUGUGACACGUGAGAGAUCUUUUUUUUGUGACCAACUUUUUUUUACAUUUCAUUUUCCAUUUCAUUCAUUUACAGACUCUGUAUGUUAAUGUGUGCACUGUAUCUCUGUCGUUGGUCUGAGGGAGUAAACUGACUGUAUGUUCUGUAUAUUUCAUAUUCUAUUGAUCAAUAACAAUAAUGAACCCAAACAGUGAACACAGUCACUGCAGGAAGUUUGUUUAACACUAUAUAUAUAUAUAUAUAUUUUUUUAUUUUUAAUUUUAUUUUUAGGGUUAGGGUUUUUAAUGUGUGUUUAAUGUAUGUUUAAUGUAUGUUUUGUAUUUUGUAUGCUACUGGAUACUUGAAUUUCCCUCGGGAUAAAUAAAGUAUCUAUCUAUCUAUAACCAUACAGAUAAUGGUGAUCAGAGUGUAAUUCACUCUCUGUGGUCGAGUUAUGGCCAUUGUUACCUCACAGUUGCAGUUGAAUUAUUGUCUGGGUGAAUUAGCUGACAUUAACCAAUAACGUUAUUAGUCUCUCUACUUACCCACCUUAUGGAUUAUAUUGAUGGUGAACUGACAGACUGUGGGCAUAUGUCGUGUUUCUAGAGUUACGUGUUUUUAUGGAAAUUUUUAAAAUGGGACAUUUCUGAAAGGGACUUUGGUGCACAGCCACAGCCCGUUCACCCUGCCAAGAGAUACAGAAGUAUCUGCUGCCGAUUACAGUAGACGCAACAAUCGAGCUGCAGGCCUCAUAAAGCUGAGUUGAUUAAUGAGAGAAAGCAAGAGAGAUUGAACUAAUGUAAAUUAAAAAUGCAUUCAGGGAAGACAAAGAGAAAAUGUUAACAGUAUACAAUGUUUAUUUUUGUCUCUAUAAUCGACCUCUUAUUGUUCAGUGUACUAUCUUCUGACUUUAGUAACACAAGACAGGAGGUUUGGACAGCAGCAGGCAGGAACCCUAACCCAGAUGCAAUUCCAGAUGUCUGUACAUCAUUGCUGUGUGAAGACGGGUGAAAAGAAGAAGUUGCAGGAAAACACAAACAUCACCACCUAACCGCUGAAUAAAUCAUCAGAAAUGGGGAACCACAUAGAGCGACCAAGAGAAAGGAACAUGGGCGACAGGCUGAGGUGCUGCAGGUGUGAUAAAGUCCUGCGUCCAUUACGUUCAUUCUCAAAUUUAUGCCAAAAGACGAUUUAUGGGCGGAGAGUACACGAGUUCUUUAGAGGAGAAUACUACAGACCGGUUACCAACUACAACUACGAGUGUGGAUCCUGCUUUCAUAGGUCAUUCAGGGAGGAGGAAAUUAGGAGAGAGGAGGAGAGGAGGAGAGAGGAGGAGAGGAGGAGAGAGGAGGAGAGGAGGCGAGAAGAGGAGGAGAGGAGGACAGAAGAGGAGCGACAGAGGAGAGAGGAAGAGAGGAGGCGAGAAGAGGAGCGACAGAGGAGAGCAGAGGAGAGGAGGAGAGAGGAGGAGAUGAGGAGAGAGGAGGAGAGGAGGAGAGAGGAGGAGAGGAGGCGAGAAGAGGAGGAGAGGAGGACAGAGGAGGAGCGACAGAGGAGAGAGGAAGAGAGGAGGCGAGAAGAGGAGCGACAGAGGAGAGCAGAGGAGAGGAGGAGAGAAGAAGAGCGACAGAGGAGAGAGGAGGAGAUGAGGAGAGAUGAGGAGAGGAGGAGAAAAGAGGAGCAACAGAGGAGAGAGGAGGAGAGGAGGCGAGAAGAGGAGGAGAGGAAGAGAGAGGAGGAGCGACAGAGGAGAGAGGAGAUGAGGAGAGAGGAGGAGAGGAGGAAGAGAAAAGAGGAGCAACAGAGGAGAGAGGAAGAGAGGAGGCGAGAAGAGGAGCGACAGAGGAGAGAGGAAGAGAGGAGGAGAGAGGAGGAGAGGAGGAGGAGAAAAGAGCAGCAACAGAGGAGAGAGGAAGAGAGGAGGAGAGAGGAGGAGCGACAGAGGAGAAGAGAAGAAAAGAGACAGAGGAGAAAGGAGGAGAGGAGGAGAGAAAAAGAGAGACAGAUGAAAGAGGAGGAGAUGAGAAGAAAAGAGGAAAGACUGAGGAGAGAGGAGGAGAGGAGGAGAGAAGAGGAGCGACAGAGGAGAAGAGAAGAAAAGAGACAGAGGAGAGAGGAGGAGAGGAGAAGAGAAAGGGAGACACAGAUGAGAGAGAAGGAGCAGAAGAGAGAAGAGGAAAGACAGGGUAGGGAGGAGAGGCAGAGGAGAAGAGAAGAGGAUCAACAGAAGAGAGAGGAGGAGAGGAGGAGAGAAGAGGAAAGACAGGGUAGGGAGGAGAGGCAGAGGAGAAGAGAAGAGCAGCGACAGAAGAGAGAGGAGGAGGAGAGGAGAGAGGCUGAAGAGAAGCAGAGAGAAGAAGAAUUGAAUCAAAGACUACAGGAAUCAAACCAACGAGCCAAAGAGCAGCACGAGAAACAACUGAGCCACAUUUCAGAGGAAUGUGAGUCCAGGACAGAUGUUCUAAUCAGACAUCAGGAUGAGUUUGAGGAUAACUGUGACUCAGACAGCGACAAGCUUCUACAAAUCCUCUCUUUGAAAUGCCAGUUCCCAGUUCCAGAUCUCAGUCUCACUCAGCUGACAGAUGAUCAGCUGGGGAAGAUCCUGUCAGUACUGGACCAGCUCCUGUUUGAUGAAUGGAUCCGUGCUCCCCCGUCCAUCAGCACUCUGCAGCACACUCAGGUCUUCAUCACAGAGCUGUGUGUCCUGUCUCUGGACACAUCCCAGGAAGUUUCACUACAAAACAUCUCCAAUGGUGUGCAGUCCCUGGUGGAGUCUAUCAGCCAGUCAGCAUCUAAUGUUUCUGAGAGUUUCCUGCUGACUCAAGCCCUGUAUCUCAACCUGAUGCACUUUCUCAAGGAUUAUGGCAGCCCUGAUACUGAUGCAGUCCUCAUAGCCAAACACUGGGCUGAAGAUGAGCUUUCCACUGAGAACCUCUCUUUUAUACAGUUCCUGAGCACCCUCACAUCAUCACUGCAGAGUGUCGUUGAAAGAGCCUCUGUGUUCAUUUUGAAGAUAGAGAUCCAGUGCUUGAAGCUCCUCUUAUCCACACUUACUCAUCUGAAUGGAAAGGAAGCCCACUCAGAGUCCACUCAGAUGCUCCUCAGACUUGUGCAAACACACCAAUGGACCCCAAUGGAGGCAUUAACCCUGCUCAGAGCCCUAUCACAGAACUACGUUGACGAUGUUUCAAUAACUGAAGUCCUUACGAUGGUACAAGUGCAUGAUUUAUCCCCACAGUGGAUGGAUGAGUCUGGUAGCUCUCUCACUUUGGCUCUGGACGCUGGCCCUGAAAGAUUCCAUCAAGAUUUCCAAAAGACUCUCAGAAAGACAGAUGAGAGUAAUCUAGUUGCGGCUCUAGAAGAAAUAAAAAUGUCAUGGGAUUUGGAUGAUUCAGUGAUUGAUAUGAUAAAAAACAUCACCACUGGUGUCCUGCAAUAUUCAGAGAAUGCACCAAAAGACGCCCCAUUAAUGAAAGAUUCAUUUGAAUGUGUAACAUUGGAUGUAGACCACAUACAGAAGUCUCUGUGCCAGCUCUGUAAAGCAGUGUUUGACACAAAAGGCUGGUGGCCCACAGUGAGGCAGAUGCUGCGGUGGUGUGCGUUGGUGCUGACUCAGAAGAGUGGAGCUCUACAGCUGGUUGGUGUGGAAGAAGACCCGUGUGUCACAGCCAUGUUUGCAGCCACACGAGUGUGCAUGGGAAACAAAGUGGACAUCGUGCUGAGCUCUGACGUUCACUCAGAGGAGCGAACUGAGGACUGGUCUGACUUCUACAAGAACCUUGGAAUUUCUCUCAACACAAACAUGAAGAAAAGGAAUGAAUCACACAGGGAUGUCUAUGAAGCGGACAUUGUGUACGGUACCAUCAAUGACUUUGUCUCUGAUUACUUUCAAUACGGCGCAGAGGUGAUGGAGGCAGGGAACCCGCUGCUCAGUCGUGGAUUUAUCAUUGAAGAACAAAGUCUCAGUUGUUCCUAUAAUCUGGAACUUUUAAGGUUCAAGGACAAUGAUUUCCUGGUGUUUGCUGCAGAAGUCCUGCAGAACCUCAUGGGUAAAUUUCACAGUGAAGAUAUGGAACUGAGACAGAGGUUUUUUAAGGCUCUUUUUCAGUUGCUGCACACCAACCUCAACAAAGACACAAACACUGACAAUAAAAUCAUCACCAUCUUGAAGACAAUAUCUGGACAGGGACUGCCUUCUAAUGAGGUCUUCAUUCUGACCUUCCUGGAGAAUCUCCUUAAAGUGGUCACUGAAGAAACAGAAAGUGAGAAAAACAAGACAUCUCCUGCAGGCAGAUGGUGUCUGGAGAUAUUAUUUGCCUGUGCUGAGAAUUUCCAAGCAUCAACUACUACAAAAGAACUCUUCCAGAUAGUUUUGAAUCUUGACAAACAAAGACUGUGGUCACCAGUAGAGACCUUAAUUCUCCUUGUCACAUUAACUGACCACCAUAACGAUAAAGACUGUAUCGCCAUCUUGAAGAUUUUACAUUUAUUGGAAACAUAUCAGGUUUCUUCCAAGUGGACAGAUAAGAACAACAAAUCUCUCCUUAAGCUCCUGGAUUCAUAUAGAACUAAAACUCUGAUCAAGCAUUUACGAAAGAGCCUUAGAGAUGAGAAAGAAAAGGGCAUUGAGAUUCUUGUUGAUGAAAUACGGCAGAUGAAAGACAUUGAUGAACAAACACUGAGUAAAUCAUACAGUGUAGUAACUCAUGUAACAAACCUGAUCAAAACCGGUGAAAUCAAAAAGCACACAGAUGUACAGCGAGCUAGGAGUUUGAGUCACAGCACAGACCCAGAAGACCUUCAGGAAGUCCUGGCAGUCUUAUGCAAUGCUGUACACCUGCACAGGGCUGAAGGGAAGUGGUGGCCCAGAGCCACUCAGAUGAUAAGCUGGUGCCUCUUGACCUUGUCUGACUCUGGGAAGCUCCUGGAAAUGGGCACUGGAGAAGGAAAGUCUUGUGUCAUAGCAAUGUUUGCAGUGCUGCAUGUGCUUAGGGGUGAAAAGGUAGACGUGGUGUCCAGCUCUUCUGUGUUAUGUCAAAGAGAUGCAGAAGAAUGGACCAACUUCUACAAGUACUUUGACAUAUCAGCUGACACAAACACAAACAAAAGUAAAGAUAGUGAUCGAAAAGAAUGCUACCAGAAGAACGUGGUCUAUGGAACUAUUGAGGCCUUCGCUGCAGAUCAUCUUCGCCAGAUAUUUGAGAUGAAGGAUGUCAGGCCUGAUCGCAACUAUCAGUGCAUCUUAAUCGAUGAAGUGGACUCACUGCUGCUGGAUCAGGGAGUGCAACUGACCUACCUGUCCAGCCCCAUGGUCUCAAUGCAGCACCUGAAUGUUAUUCUGGCCAUGAUCUGGGGCCACGUCAGCCAGUAUGGCUUCCUGUCCACAGGACGCCAGACAUUUGUUCAGGGUCCUCCUGCUUCAUUUUUCAAGGCCAUCUUUGACUCAAUAGACACAGAAGAAACAAAAAUUAAUGAUCCAAUGGAAAUUUUACAUUUAGCUGAAAAAUGCAACAAGGUGCCAAAAGGAUUUACAGAGGACUUCUACCAAAGUAAAAAGGAUGAACUUCUGAUGAAACUGAAAACUGUGAGUCAGGAUGCUGUGGUGGAUUUUUUCCAAGAAUUUGAGCAGUAUGUCCCCCACGGUUUUACUGUUUAUACUUUGGAUGAUAAGGGAUUACUCAGUCUUAGAAAGUGCAGCCCAUACAACAACCAGGACAUUCAAGAACUCACAUUUCUUGUCCUGGAGGAAGGCCUGUGCUGUCCUCUCUAUGAUUCAGAAGAAAUUCUCAUCAAGUCCAUUGCAGAAUUAAUCUCAGAGAGACUUCAGUACACCCCAUGUACAAACAAUAAAGACAAAAUUAGCAUUCCUGGUUUCUUGAAGAAUCUGGUGGAGAAGAAAGUGUCAGUGUGGGUUCAGAAUGCCUUUCUGGCAAUGCAACUGACGGAGGGACGGGAAUAUGUUGUUGAAAACGACAAUGUCUGUCCUGUGGAUUUCAGAUCCACUGGCAUUGUGGAGCUGAAUAAGAAAUGGGGUGAUGGUCUGCAGCAGUUUGUUGAAAUUAAACACCAAAUCAAACUGAGCACAAUUUCAGUAGUGACAAACUACAUUUCUAAUGUCUCCUUUUUUGAAAAGUAUAAUGGGAAGAUAUACGGAACAACUGGGACACUUGGCAGAAAAACAGACAUUCUGUUUUUACAGGACCUAUAUCCAAAUCUCUCUACCUGCAAAAUGCCAGCAUUCAACAAGAAUAAGUUAUUUGAGGUCAAAGGAGCUCUGAAGACCUCAGCUGAAGAGUGGAAAUCUGAAAUAAAACAUGUGAUUAUGGCUCAGAUUUCCCCAAAUUCAUACAGAGAUGGAAGAGCAGCCCUGGUGAUCUGUGAGACUAUCAACAAAGCCAAAGAGAUCUACGAAGAGCUGAAAAGCAGCAUCCCAGGUGAAAUCAUUCUCUACUGCCGCAGUGACAAUGAGAGUCUGACCAAAAUAAAUAAGGAACUGCUUCCUGGUGAUGUCAUUGUUGCAACAAACCUUGCCGGGCGUGGCACAGAUAUAAAAGUAUCCAAACAGGUGAACAACAAUGGAGGAUUAUUUGUGAUCCUCUCCUUCAUUUCUGAGAACACAAGAGUGGAACUUCAGGCUUUUGGUCGAACUGCACGUAAAGGUAAACCUGGAUCUGCUCAGAUAAUCAUGUCCACUGAAUACCUGCAGCAGUCUUUCAGGACAGUGCCUUCUGUGGAGGAAGCUAAGAGCAUGAGGGAUAGACUUGCAACAGAAAAGACAAAUCACAUGAUGAACGAUGUCAAUGAGUUGAGACUAAGGGAGGACCUGUUUUCAGAGUACUGCAAAACUCUUCAAGAUAUUCAUGAGAACACAGAUGGAGAUGACAGAAGAGCUGUUGUUGCCACCAUGAAUGACUUCUGGGGGAUUUGGCUGCAAAUUAAAUCAGAAGAAAUUGAACAGUUGAAGAGAGAAGAAUUGCAAAAGAGUUUGAAAGAUGAUUUGUCAUGGGCAAAAAGUCAGUCUCAGAAUAAGACUUCACCGUGUUCCAGCAUUUAUCACUACAUCAAGUUUGGAAAUAUCGCACUGAGUGAAAACCAAUGGGACAUCAGCAGAAGGCUCUUUGAAAAAGCCAUGAAACAAGAUGAAAGUUGGGCAGCUAUAGCUUUCUACAAUCAUGCAUACUGCACUAUAAAGGAGCAGAAUAGUGAUUACCUCACUCAGGCAAGAGAUGAUCUAAGGAAGGCACAGGAGUCUCUGAAGUGUCUUAGUGAAGAGUUAAUGGUCUGUCUGCAGCUUGUAAAAAUGUCCUCUGUUGACUCAGCCAACAGCAACUGCACCAGCCUUGAAAAACAGUUCACAACCAAGUGCACAAUGUUAGGUUACAUUGACAAAAACAUUAGUGAGGCCCUCCAAAAGCUGGAUGAAAUAAACGAAAAAGGUCGAGAUGCAGUGGCCAAUAAAUCAAUAAUUUUUGUCCUGGUGUCGAGUGCUGAUGAUGAUGAUCUCCGUGAGGGAGCCUACAACCUCUACAGUCAGGGUCUGAAAUAUGUAUUUUCUGUGGAAGAGGAGCCUCGUUUCCCAUGGGAAGCUCUUCUAGUGUUCGGCCUUGGAGUUUUACAGAUUAUUGGAGGAACAUUGCUCACUGCAUUUACGUUUGGUACAUUUGCUCAAAUCGGCAUGGCACUCAUCAGUGAAGGAAUAUCCGACUGCAUCUAUAGCAUAGAGGCCAUGGUGACAGGAGAAUUCAGCUGGAAAUCAUGGGCUAUACAUAAAGCCAUUUCUAUUGGUGUGUCUCUCCUUGCGUUUGGAGUUGGAAAGUUGAUUUCGAAGGGCUUCAAAGCUUGUAAAGUGUCCAUUACAGGAUUUGGCAAAGAGCUGAAGUUGAUCCCAAAGUUUCUCUCCAACCAGGCUAAAGCUGGUUUAAGUGUUAUGACAAAGACAAUUAUGAAGACUGCAGUACAACACACUGCUAAAAUAAUGGUUGAGGAAAUCAUUAUGUAUGGAAUGGGGAAGGUAGAAAGUAAAAUCCUGACAGAAAUACUAGACAGCAUCAGAAAUGAGGUGAAAAAAAGAAUUUAUGACAACAUGAAAUCCAACUUGGAAAAAGAACCCUUGGCUACAUCGGUAGAUCUUGUUAUCCUCUCACACAUUGAGGAUGAAAAGCAACUUCAUGAUCUCCUGAAGGACAAGAACAGAAAGCGUGAACUGCUGGGCAUUUUCAGAGCAUUAAGCAACACUGCAGUACAGCCCUUCUAUGCAGACCUCAGCUGGCAGAACAAGCUUAGUUCAUCCUUCUCCACAGUGAUUAACAGGGCUAAAGCAGAGGCCAGAGGAAAAACACGUGGAAUUCUGACAGCCAUCCAACUUACCCACAUGGGGGUGUUGGCAAGAGACGCCAUAAAUGCAGUGCUCAACCUCUCCAGCAAGUUUUUCUCAAACCUUCAUGAACAGCUGAAUUCAUUUAAAAAAGAAAAUGGUUUUUCAGAGAAAGUGAAAGUAAAUGAGCUCUCUGAUUCAGAUACUGAGCCACUUAGAGAAUUCAAGCAGGAUUUAGCCGACACCAUCAGUGAUUUACUGGCUGAUGCUUUGGUACAAGUGUUCCACCAGAAGUUCUCCAGUCAUGUUGUUUCUCAUGUUCAAAACAAAGUAAAUGGCAUCAUUCGGAGUUAUGUAAGAACAGGCUUAAAGAGUGAAAGAACAGAGGAAAAACUCAGAGCUGGACAGAACAACAGAUACAUUGCAUACAUGCCAGUAGUCCCAAAUUCUGAACAUGAACGUGCAGGAGAGAGAGGUGAACACUCACAGUCACAUGCUGAAAAGAUCAGAGACGCCACGACUGUGGGAACCAUUCUCGAUAUCAGAGUCCUGGCAGAAACCACUGGCACUAAGGUUGUCAUCCUAACAGAGGAUAGCCAAGGAAGUCUUACCAAAAUACAGGAGCUGAACCCUGGCACCGAACCCGGCAGUCAAACCGUGACAUUGAUCCACAGACCAAAGAGUGCCCAAUACCCAGAUGGCCAUUAUGAUGUGUGCAUCAAUAAUCAGACAGUGAACAUAGUCAGCGAGGGAAAGGGCUGCCUGUUUCAUGCUUGGGCACAAAGCAUGAAACCAGAGGCCAGUGAAGAAGAGAUCGCUCAGGAAGCAUAUGACCUCCGAUCUGUGGUGGCCGACACUCUCCUGAGACACACAGGUCGAUGGGAGCCUUUCGUUAAGCGCAAAGACUGGACUGAAGAGAUCCGAGGAGGGGACUGGUACAUGCUACAGGGAGCUGCAAAAAAGCUCAAAAAGAUAAAAGAAAGUGAAGCGCUACUUGAUGAAAUGGUUGGAACAAUUGUACCAUACAAAGACUGGAUAAAACAUACAAAACAAAAUCCAGGAAUUGGACAAUUCAUCAAUGCAGAUCACCAGCCAGCAGUGAGUUGUAUGUUAGAAGCUAGAAAACUGAACCAGAACAGCAGAUUAGCAGAAGCAAUGCUUGAAGUAGCAACAGACUCUUCUCCUCUGGAUAACAACCUGAUUCCUGAUGUGCACAAAUAUCACGGUGCUGGACUCCCUACUGUUCUUGUGCCUAAAGAAUUACAUCGUGAGUUUCCCAGUACAACAUCUAAAGACUUUAGAAACUGUUUAGCUAUCGCCAUAAGCAAAGAUGAUGUUGUGGGCACCUUCAAACUGAUGAUUAUUGGCUCUAUGCCGAGAUCUGAGUUGGAUGGCACCAAGAACUUCAACAACUUUCAGAAUACCAAGAUGAGUAAAACCAGACUUGCCAGUUUUGGGAAUAGUUUUCAGCCACACAGUACAGAGAUGGUAGAGGGAUGGUCUAAUAAGCUUCAACCCAAGGGAGUCAUGACAGAUACAGAUCUUACCACCAUUACUGAAUGGAUCAACCAGAAGGGCUACAAUGAUCAAAACGAUCCACACAGGAAACAAGUCUCCAACCUCCUAUAAUGAAGAGGUUCAUUAUGUUCAUCAUGUUUGUAGUAUUAGAAUAGUUCAAAAAGGGAGGCGCAUUGAGUAAACCCAUAUGUUUAUAGAGCAGUUCUGCCCACUAUGGCAGGAGGCCCAUAUUGGUGAGGGAGCAAUGGACAAUGGAGGGCAAGAAUCAGUGUUGAUUUCCUUAUAUUUUUAGGAACUUUUUAUACAGUAUCGGUAUCAUAUCAAAUUUAAAACCAUUGGUAUCACCCAUCCCUCGUGCAAAGGUUUGAACGGUUGUGACAUGUGGAAAUGUAGUCCUGUCCAUAAAGAAUCAUACUGUAAAUAUUGAUGUUGUAUGUAAAGACCUAUCACUGGAACUAGUGAUCGUUUUAACCUUUAACAAGUCUUAGAUUGAUCCAGUGAAACCACUCCUUGCCUUGACUCAAACCUGACGGCAGGAUGCUGCUGUGGUUGUAUGCAUUACACUGUUAAUACCUGUGUGUGAGGUUGUGCUGCGUGGCUUUGUUUGUAUUGUUCUUAAAUAAUAAAUGAACGUUCACACUGA